AUGCUCAUCGCCAUUGCUGCCCUCUUCAUUCUGCCGGACCUCCCGCACAACUCUCGCGGAUUUACUGCUGAAGAGCGCGCUGUCGCCGUCCUGCGCAUGACCGAAGACGUGGGCGAAGCCGACGAAGACAGCGCCGAGGAAUCCCCCUGGGCAGGCCUGAUCAUGGCCGUCAAAGACGCCAAGAUAUACAUCAUGAUGCUAACGUUCACCGCGUACGUCGUUGGACUGAGCUUCAACGCCUUCUUCCCGAGUCUCACGCGCACGCUGGGCUUCGGAUACAUCACCACGCUCCUGAUGUCCGCGCCGCCGUGGGCAUUCGCAUGUGGAGUGAGUCUCGUCAACGCAUGGCACGCGGACCGCACGCAAGAGCGAUUCUGGCACAUUGUUGGGCCGAUUAUGUUUGGCAUGGUAGGGUUCAUUAUCUCGAUGAGCACGCUGAAUACGGCGGCGCGGUACGUGGCGCUGUUCAUGCAGGCGUCAUCGUACGCGGGGUUUAUUGUGUUUUAUUCGUGGAUUUCGAGUUCGUUCCCCAGACCGCCGGCGAAGAGGGCGGUGGCGAUUGCGAUGAUUAACGCGUUUAGUCAGCUUGGCAAUAUCGCGGGAUCGUACGUGUGGAACAUGACGGACAAUGGAUACCGCAACAGCUACGGCGUGGUCACAGCUAUGUUUGGAGUUACGAUUGCAGGCUGCUUCAUCUUCAGGGUCGUUCUUGUCAGGCUGAAUAAGAGGCUAGACGACGGCACGGAUGCAUGGGCAGAGCAGACUGCUAGGGUUGAAGGUAUUACUGCGGAGGAGGCGAAGGGCGGCAUGAAGGAUUUCAGAUAUCUUGUAUAA